GUCCCAACAACAGAAACAGGACAGGGCAGAGUCAGAGAGCAAGUGCAACUUGCCAACUUGUCAUCUUCCUGAUCAGUAACCCUCCAAAUUCUGACACAAACCGCACUCCUUCCUUCAUCCUCCAGCUACCUGCUACACAAUCCCAAUCACAAGAAUUGAUUUUUUCCCCGAAGAACAGUCACUGUUUUCCAAUUCGCAAUCUCCACUCGCUUUGCUUCCUUCCUCCUCCCUAUGUUUAUUGGUCGAAAGAGACCACGCGAUUGAUCAGUGAGAAGCUUAAUUCGCAAACAUUUCAAGGGUUUCCCCCCCCCCCCCCCCCCCCCCCUCCUUCUUGAUUCAAUUGGACUCGCAAUCUCGAACUGUUACUACCCAAUUGGGAAAGAAAUAAGAAGAGAAAUUUGGGUUCUUUUUUCAGGGAACCCAUCGUAGAGCCAGCGUAUAUUGGGUGGUGUUGCUGCAACGCAAGGAAUAAAAAGAAAUGGCGGAAUUGAUUGGGCCAAGGUUGUACAGUUGCUGUAAUUGCAGGAACCAUGUUGCCCUUCACGAUGAUGUCAUUUCCAAGGCUUUCCAGGGAAGACAUGGACGAGCAUUUCUAUUCUCACACGCGAUGAAUGUUGGGGUCGGGGCGAAGGAAGAUAGGCAGCUAAUGACUGGCCUCCACACGGUUGCUGAUGUCCACUGCAGCGACUGCCGAGAAGUGCUUGGUUGGAAAUACGAACGAGCUUACGAAGAGACGCAGAAGUACAAAGAAGGCAAGUUCAUUCUUGAGAAGUCCAAAAUCGUGAAGGAGAAUUGGUAGCAGUCCCCCACUCUCAGCAAAUCAUCAUUUGUAUUAUAUAUAUCCUUGCUUCCUUCCUUGUGCUGCUGAUAUCAGCUAGUUAUAUAUGUGUUUGUUACUUUCUAUGUGAAGAGAAGAGUGGGAGGAGAAGAAAGAACAGAAAGGAAGGAAGGAAGCUCAUCAAUUGCAAAUAUUGGCUUCCUUACUUCCCUGCUCCCAUGAAAAUCAAUGUGCUGUUAGAUUUCCUCCCUGUUUAUGUUGUGUGCCUCAGUUACCACCCUAAUGUUAACCGUCCUGUUUCGAUUCUGGAAAAUGAAUGAAUGGAUUGGAAUCGAU